AUUCUAGAUAAGCUGCAGCAUCUUUGACAAGUUGGCUGUCUUUGGCUGUCAGUUUAUCAUCAGCUUGUCAUCUUAGCUGUCAGGAUGGGUGGCUGCUGGUCAUGUAGGUCUCACCCAGAGGCAGAACGAUAGGAUGAAGAUGAAGAGGGGGCACAGACUGGUCAUCCCAGAAAUCCGACCCAUGUUGCUCCAUGUCCUGGGGGACCCAUGUUGCACCAUGUUCUGGGGGACCCUCUGGGGGAAGAGCCCAAUGAGGCAACCUUGGUGCCAGGACCCCUUCCAGAACUUCAUGUCCCCACUGACAUUCUGGGGAAAGAGCUCAAUAAGGAAACUUCAAUGCUAGGAUCCCUUCCAGAACCUCGCAUCCCCACAGAUAUUCUGGAGGAAGAGCUCAAUGAGGAAAUGUUGGUGCCAAGAUCCCUUCCAGGACCUUGCAUCACCAAUGAUAUUCUGGGGCAAGAGCCCAAUGAAGCAACCUUGGUGCCAGGACUCCUUCCAGGACUUCGUGUACCCACUGACAUUCUGGGGAAAGAGCUCAAUGAAGCAACCUCAGUGCCAGAAUCCCUUUCAGGACCUCACAUUUCCACUGAUAUUCUGGAGGAAAUGCUCAAUGAGGAAACCUCAAUGCCAAGAUCUCUUCCAGGACCUCGCGUCCACAUUGAUAUUCUGGAGGGAGAACUCAAUGAGGCAACUUCAGUGCCAGGAUCCCUUCCAGGACCUCACAUCACCAAUGACAUUCUGGGGAAAGUGGUCAAUGAGGAAACCUCAGUGCCAGGUCCUUCCAUCCCCACUGGCACUCCAAAUGAAGCAGCUUUUGUGUCAGAGCCCUUACCAGAGCCUUCCAUUGCUGACAAUUACCUUGAGCAAGAACUAGAAAUCCUCAAAGGAUUACAGAAUGACUAUGUCCAGCGGCAAAUGAGGGUUCGCUGCAUUUCCCAACAGUUCCCUCGUUCUCUCCGGGCCAUCAACCUGCAACUUGGACACACACAGACAAGGCUCAUCCGCAGUGAAGUUUGGCUGCAACGGUGGGGAAAGGAAGGAACGUUCGGAGCAUACCCCUGAAGUUGCUGCUGGGCUAAAAAUGGCUCUUUUGCUCUCUGUUUCCUUCUCCUGAAUGUUGAAAUGUUUGAUUUGAGUCUGCAUCUAAGUUUCGGAGGGGAGGCCUGUGGGUGGGUUGUCAGUGCUUGCUGAAGUGUUCCUUCGUUUUCUGUCUUUCAGGUGACCAGACUCUGAUGCCUGUAAUUCAGACAGCUUCUCAUGAUGAUCCUGCAGGCCCUGCUGCAUGUCUCUGCCCCCCUGUGUCCAGUUCAUUAUUAUCUUCUGCCUCGCUGGAAGUUGGCUCCAUCCCACCCUCCGCCUCCACCUCUUCUUUCCUCCUGCAUCCCUCUCCCCCUCCUCCUCCUUCCCCACCUCCUCUAGAGCCGGACCUCAGCAAUGUAAAAGAAACUCUGCAGAGUUUGAUGGAUUUGCAGUUCCAUCAGCUGAAUGACCGCCAAAGAGACCUCCGCAGCUGCCAGGAAUGUUUGCAAAACCUCAAGGCACUGAGGGGACAGCUCCGGAGACUGUGGAGCAGACUGGCAAGGGUGGAAGCCACUAUGGGGAUCCUGGUUCCUCCAAGGGAGCUGGAUGUUGAUGAGGAAAAAGAGAAAGACAAAAACCAGACAGUGCUUCAUACAUAGGUAGCAAUAAAAUGCUGCAUAUUUAUUUAAAAAAUAUUAAACAUUUGUUUUAAUAGGAUAGGAUGUAGAGAUAAAACAGCAAUAGAGCAUGCAUAUUUACUGCUUAAAAAUUAAAAAGUUGA